AUCUCGCGAUAUUUCCGCAGAGGGCGGUGCGAGGCGCAGUAUGGCAGCUGUGGUGUUAACACACUGCCGAAGACGAGCUGUUCAGGCUUUGGCUCAUGGAGCAGUGCGGCUUCUUUCACCCCAGUGUUUCCAGGGAGUCAGACAGAAGUCCAGUACGGUACAGUACAUUUCCCGGCCGGACCUCCCGAAGCUGGCCUAUCGCAAAGUGAAAGGGAAGAGUCCCGGCGUCAUGUUCCUGCCCGGCUUUGGCUCUAACAUGAAUGGUCCAAAAGCAGAAGCUCUAGAGGAAUUCUGCAGGUCUUUAGGUCAUUCGUGUCUGAGGUUUGAUUAUUCUGGUCAUGGAGCUUCAGAAGGCGUUUUCUCAGAGGGAACGAUUGGAAGCUGGAAGAAGGACGUUCUCUUCAUGCUGGAUGAAGUUGCAGAAGGGCCUCAGAUUCUGGUGGGCUCCAGCAUGGGCGGCUGGCUGAUGCUGCUCGCCGCUAUCGCUCGCCCUGAGAAGACGAAAGCUCUGGUGGGCAUUUCGACAGCAGCUGAUCAUUUUGUCACAGCAUUUAAAUCACUUCCUCUGCAGACAAGAAAGGAGUUUGAAGACCAGGGCAUGUGGACGAUCCCGACCAAAAGCAACGAGGAAGGUGUGUACACUGUUAGCAUGGACUUGCUGAAGGAAGCAGAGAAUCACUGCCUGCUGCAGAGCCCCAUCCCCAUCACGUGCCCCGUGCGCCUUAUCCACGGCCUGAAGGACGAAGACGUGCCCUGGCACAUCUCCAUGCAGGUUGCGGACCGCGUGCUGAGCAACGACGUGGACGUCAUCCUCCGGCGCCAGGGGCAGCACCGCAUGGCCGAAAAGGAUGACAUCAAGCUCAUGGUGUACACCAUCGAUGACCUCAUCGACAAGCUGACCACCAUGGCGUGACGGCGAAGACGACAAACAGCCAAACAGCCAAACAGCCAGAACUUACCGAGAGAACCUUUUUCCUUAGUGCCUUCAUUUACUGGGUCAUGGUUUGUGUGUUGUUUUUUUUUAAAAACAUUUCUGUUUACACUUUAGUGUAGAUUAGACGUCUGACUAAAGCUGCUCUUUUUGACAGUAUUGUUCUCCUGUUUCAUUACCACAGUCUCCCGUGCCUUCUUUACCACAUCAUGUUAACCAAAUAAAUCUUGUUAAAUCUUG